AUGGGGAGGGAGCCCGGGAGCGGGAACCAAGGCAGAUCGGACCAGGCAGGCCAGCGCUUCGCCCCGCCCCGCGCCGCGUCCCGGCUUCCCCGCGCCGGGAGGAUGCUGAUGCUGAUGCUGCUGCGGCGGCGGCUGCUGCGGCCGCGGCCGGGCUGGGGGCUCGCCCUGCUGCUGGCGCUGGCGCUGGCGGGGCCGGGCUGGGCGGCGGGGCCCGCGGAGCGGAGCCGGCCCUACGCCGUGCUGCGGAGACAGAACCUGGUGCUCAUGGGGAGCAUCUUCAGUAUCCUGUUGAUCACCAUGAUCCUGAUGGCAGUGUGUGUCUACAAGCCCAUUCGACGACGGUAGCAGAGCGGGAAGAAUCGAAAUGGAUUGGUCAUCUUGCUUGUGGAAAUUUUGCGAUCAAAUCCCUGGUGCUCGAAAAUGACCCAUGCUAUGCAGCGACCGUAAAUCCAGCCCAAUUUGUUGUCUGAGUUCUGGCUUGUAAACCGCUACGGCUACUUAGUAAAGAGACUGAGAAGUAAUUUUUUUCUCUAACAUGUAAUGUAACCAGUUGUUUCCCUUGCAGAAGCAUGCCUACGACUGCUUGGCUGCUCUUGCCGACACCAUAGCUAGAAUCUGAAAAUCUCCUUCCAGAUCUCGAGCAAUUUGUAGCUCAACAGAGAUCUGUGUCUUCAAACAUGGAUGCCUAAAGUUAGACACAAAUAAAUGUGGUCUCAGUCUGGCAAAUCUUAUGUCGGUGACUGAUUCUAAGCAUUCAUGUUUGAAAAUAUUAGCUGUGAACUUUAGUUAGUAUUUGGCCUAACUCUGAUAGGAAAGGCUAGGAAUAUGUGAAGUAUUUUACUUUGGAAUUGCCUACAGAAAGACUCUCCCACUUAGACUUGCUGUAUUUCUGAAUUCUGCUGUCAGUUCCUGGGUGGGACUAUGUAUGAUAUGAGUAACCCUCGUGAUACUCCUUAAACACAGCCUCUAAGUGAUUCUCACAUGAAAACAAUGUACUUUAGAUAAUGUGGUUCAUGUGCUAUUUUUGGCAGCAAGGCUGAUUGACAUUUGAAACAGCUGAAAUUGUAAAGUUUUCUAGAUCUAGUCUGUCAAAUACCCACUGGACUACAGUGUGGUGGUAUCAGUAACAGAGUUAAAUGGAAAACUUUUUGAUUUCUGUUCUAAAAAUCAUAAUUUUGCAAGCAGGCAAGUGCAUUGGAUUCUGAUGUAUUGAUUGGUUUUGCAGUCUUAAGGAAUGCAACUCUUCUCCCAAGCAUGAAAUCUUCUAAAAGUCGGUCAAAAGGCGAGGGCUUAAACAUGCUCUAGUCAUGACCUUGGCUUUGUAGGGCUGGCCUAUGCACACAUUUGAACUCAAAUAAAAGUGUGAAUUAAAACUGAUUUCACUAUUUUGGGGGCAUGUUGGUUUGUUACUGACUUUAGCUGCUUUUAUUCUGAAAUAAGUGUCUACACUCAAACUUGUACUAAAAUAGCCAUGUUGGUUUUAGGAAUCCUGUCCAAGUCAUGUCCUUAGUUGUGUAAUAGGCUUGGGUUCAGUAGAUGAAAUGACUGACUGUGUAAACUUCAGCCCUUUACAUAUUUCCAAGAAAGUCAGUCAUGGUUGAGAGCCUGCUUUAAUGAGAUUGAGGGACUGUCGCUUUCAAAACCUUGUGGGAGUGUGUGUUGAAGUUAUGUGCAUUUUAUGUGAUGUAUUUACACUGGCAAAUCCCACUUGUAUAUAAAUGCUGCUAUUUUAUUUUGCACUGGUAUAAGUGUUGUAUGGAUUUUUCUUGUUUGAUAUUUAACAAAGGACUGCUUUAGUUGUGGUAAUUUUUUAGAAUAUUUUAAUUUCACGUGAGGGACAACUCCCUGCAUCUCUUCUAUUGUCUUCAACCUUCUUUUGUGGCUUAUGUAACAUCUGCUGGUUCCAUUUUAUUUAAAGGGAUGAUGUGACUGCUGGUGAAAGUAGUGAUGACUCUUUGCUGCUUGUCUGUAUUGUAAUAAGAUGAUGUCCUGGUGUUUGUAACCUGCAAUUCCCAGCCUUUCAGUAAAAUAUGAGCUAAAGUGAGAGUAAA